AGGUUACACAGGAGGAGAGUUUAAACGUGGUUGUCUUAGGUCGUGUGUGAUGUGCACACGACCAGAGCAGUCGGGAGCAUUAGGACCAAGAGGCGGAGCAGACUUCCACUGGUUUGACAGCUCGGUCCGAGCUCACAGUGGAUGAGGAGGAGGAGGAGGAGGCUGGCGGCUUUUGGUGCGGUACGCCGAAGUUUUGUCAAAUUCCGUAGUUGUUUAUGCACCAGCUGCCGUGUCUGUCAGAGACCAGUGCUCGUUAUUUGGCACAUUUUCAACCGGAUAAGUUGCCGUUUGGAUUACUGCUCUGGUAGCUACAUAAAUCAAUUCGUCGGUGCAGUUAGCACGACGCGCACUUUCUGUGGAUGUUUCUCAUUUGGGGAGCUGUGUUUCUGCGUCAGGACUUGUAAAGAGCAGCUGGUGCCGUUGUCACACUGUUUGUAGGCUGGAAGUGGAGACACGUGUGUCCUGGUUCGUCCCGGCUGCGCCACACAUCGAGCCUUUCACACGCUGUGGACACAGGCUCUUUGCCCGUUUGGGAUUUCGUUAAAAGGCCAAAAAAGGCAGACAUGUCGCUAAGCAGAAGCAUUGAGUUUGAACACUUUGAGGAACGAGAGAAGCCGCACCGGACACCGAAGGCCAACUCGGGCUCCGGGUCCCAGUCCGGCUCCAGAGGCAACGGACUGGUCCCCAGCCCGGCGCACAGUGCGCACUGUAGUUUCUACCGCACACGCACUCUCCAGUCCCUCACAUCCGAAAAGAAAGCUAGGAAAGUGCGGUUUUAUCGCAACGGAGACAAAUAUUUUAAAGGCUUGGUGUAUGCGGUGUCAAACGACCGGUUCAGGUCUCUGGACGCUCUGCUCAUGGAGCUCACACGGUCCCUGUCGGACAACGUCAACCUUCCCCAAGGGGUCCGGACGUUAUACACUUUGGACGGAGGCAAGAAGAUCACCAGUCUGGAUGAUAUAGUAGAGGGUGAGAGUUACGUGUGUGCCUCCAACGAACCUUUCCGACGGGUGGACUACACCAAGAAUGCCAACCCCAACUGGUCAGUGGGCAGCAAGACCGGCACAUCCCGCUCUCUGUCCUCUCUUUUCCCACUGAAAAGUGAGCUCCAGCGCGAGUCUAAGGACUUCAUCAAACCCAAGCUCGUCACAGUCAUCCGUGGCGGCGUCAAGCCCCGGAAGGCGGUGCGGAUACUGCUCAAUAAGAAGACGGCACACUCAUUUGAGCAGGUGCUCAAUGACAUCACUUAUGCUAUCAAGUUGGACUCUGGAGCUGUGAGGAGACUGUACACUUUGGAGGGCAAGCAGGUUACCUGCCUGCAGGACUUCUUUGGUGAAGAUGAUGUGUUUAUAGCCUGUGGCCCAGAGAAGUACCGCUAUGCCCAAGAUGACUUUGUGUUGGAUCACAGCGGUAAGGCUUCUACAGCCUUUAUGACUGAAUGCAGAGUGCUGAAGUCAUCGUACAGCUGCUCUGCUACUCCGUACCGGACAGCCAAGAGCCCCGAACCUUCACGACGCAGCAAGUCCCCUGGUGCAGCAAGGCGAACUGUCCACUACUCCACCAGUCAGUCUCCAGUCAAAUCCCCAGUAAAUGGUGUCUCAAACAGCCCGAUCUCAACGUCUAAAUCCACCAAGUCCUCCACUCCGUCUCCUACCAGCCCUCGAGCCAACCCCAGGUUUAAGAUCCAUCCGUCACAUCACACCUCCUCCCCAAAUGUAAAUGGCUUGUUGAACAACCACCAAGAGCAAAGCAAUCAGCUGAGUCCAGAGGCAGUUAAUGGCAACCGCUACCUGCCUGCCUCCGCCAUUCUGGAAAAAUACAAAGUUGGGAAGGUCAUCGGAGACGGGAACUUCGCUGUGGUCAAAGAGUGUGUGGAGAAGUCCACAGGAAAAGAAUUUGCACUGAAGAUCAUUGACAAGGCCAAGUGCAGCGGAAAGGAGCACCUCAUCGAGAAUGAGGUGGCAGUGCUGCGGAAGGUGAAGCACCCCAACAUCGUCAUGUUGGUCGAGGAGGUGGACACUUCCUCUGAACUGUACCUAGUUAUGGAGCUUGUCAAGGGAGGGGAUUUAUUUGAUGCCAUCACCUCCUCUGCCAAAUACACAGAGAGAGACGCCAGCAUCAUGGUCUACAACCUUGCUGGAGCCCUGAAGUACCUGCACAGGAUGAACAUUGUCCACAGAGACAUUAAACCAGAGAACCUGCUGGUAUUUGAGAAUGCAGAUGGCACCAAGUCACUGAAGCUUGGGGAUUUCGGUCUGGCCACAGUGGUGGAAGGACCUUUGUAUACUGUCUGUGGAACUCCUACAUAUGUGGCUCCAGAAAUCAUAGCUGAGUCUGGUUAUGGUCUGAAGGUGGAUAUCUGGGCUGCAGGUGUCAUCACCUACAUCCUUCUGUGUGGCUUCCCUCCAUUUAGAAGUGACAAUAACCGGCAAGAGGAUGUAUUUGAUCAGAUCCUUGUGGGGCGCCUGGACUUUCCCCGUCCUUACUGGGACAACAUCACAGACUCAGCCAAGGAGCUGAUUAGAAAGAUGCUGCAGGUCAACGCCGAGGCUCGAUACACAGCACAAGACGUCCUGUCACACCCAUGGGUCAUGCAGGAGGAUGUAGUUGUGGAGAACAACAUGAAGGUGGAGGUGACAGGUAAACUGAAGACACACUUUAACACUGCGCCAAAGCACACCACCACCACAGCCGGUGUGUCCAUCAUCAUGAACACAGCUCUCGAUAAGGAGAUCCUCCAGCUCACCACCCACUGUUAUCCAGGCUCCCAGACAGUGUCAUGUUCAGGUUCACCAGCUGGCAAGAAAGGCCCAUCUACCCUCCCAGUCAAGCCAGCCUUGCCAGCAAAGUCGGGACCAGUUUCUCCAACCAAACAGGCACCAAUACUUGCCAAACUGGUGUCACCAAUUAGAACUGUGCCUCCUGAGGCUCCCAAGACCAUAGAGACUGCUGUGCCUGAUGCUGCGUCCACCUGCGAUCCUCUGUGCUCUCACUCCCCAAAUGAAAACAACCCAUUAACUGCUGAGCCUCAUCUCCCUCCCUCUGCUCCUGUAAGUUUGCUUCAGUCCUCCCCUUCACCCUCCACUGAAACGUUCCCCAUCACCUUUUUACCGGUUUCGUCCUGUCCUGCACCUACGUCACCCUCUGCUUCUCCCUGCUUACCUCUAGAAACUCCCUCACCCUCUGCCCCUCCUGCUCUUUUCACCUGCUUACCUACUUCUACACCCGCCUCCUGUCCUUCCCCACCAUCUCCCAUCAAACCAGCUGCUCCCUCCUCUCCAACCAAAGAAGCAUCCCCUUCCCCAGUUUCCCCCAAUAUACCUGUUGUAUCUCUCCCUCUCUCUUCCCCAGCCAAACAAGAACCCUCCUCCCCCUCUUCCAUCCAUCCAACCUUGUUUCCUUCUCCUCCUUCCACACCUCCCAGAUCCACAACCCCACCCUCACCUGCAGACCCUGCUUCUCCCCUCUCUGUACCUGCUGAAGAGCUUGUAGAGAAGGUUUAAUUGGCUGGUAUAUUCUGUAGCCACGUUAACUCCCACACUACUCUGCUUUCCCUGCACGUACAGUAUCAUUAACACGGGAAGAGAAGAGUAAACAUCCACCUCGAGUAUUUCCAGUAGCUGUAAACUGAGCCAGUGCCUGCUGCGUCCACAUUUUCUCGCUGUUGUCCCACGCAUUUUUAGAAACGUAGGAUGAAGCGUUUCCUUAAAGUUGGUCAAUUGUAUAUAUGUUUGUAUUUAUUGAUGGAGGAUUUAGAGGAAGGGAAUGAAUUUAAUAUCACUGUUCUGAGUGGCUGUCUUUGGAAGUCGUACUGUAUCACACUGAAUUUUUUUCCUUUAUUUAUUAUGGCUUUUUUGUAAAUAGUUAUUCAUGGCACACAAACAUCCCAGUGUGGGAUCCAUUUGCUUAGAGUGUACAAUAUUUCAUAGAGGUAUUUCAGCAUGUCAGACAUCUGAACUUAGCCUACAGCUACCCGUAGUGCAGCGUUAUAACUCACUAAACCAACGCUAAACACCAUCAGUGUUUUUUCCUGAUAACUGUGGAUGUACACCUACAGUACAGUGGGUGGACAAAAAGGUAAUGGCUAGGCUGUAACAGAGCAGGGAGGGUUAGGAGGACCUGAAGCUUAACUUAUAUUUGUCUCCAACUAUGCGGAGGCGUCGAUGAAUAGCUGCUGUAUGCAGCAAAUCUCAACUAUGCGAUGUGCGGAGCUGCGUGUCCUGCACACCAACUGGUUGAUCUGACUCGUAGCUGCUUGGUAAUUUGUCUGCGAGCGGCUACUCACACCUACGAAAACCUCUGAGCAAAUUUCUAAAUUGGCAUUACGUGGCUAUACCGCCCACCUGUUCUCAAUCUAAAUCAUUACUUUCUCGCCUAGACAAAAUAUCAGCACUCAAAAUGGCAUAAUACCAAUUCAAGGAUGAAAAUUAUAACAGCUUUGUGCCUGGCUGAAAAUUCCUGCCAUUUGAAGACAGUAGACAUAACCUUAACAUUCACACAAGUAUAAAUGCAACAGCUAGGCACAGAAUCAGACGUGUAUGUUCCUAAACAUGGCAGUGAUGCAGAAGUAUAAAUCUGCCUUAUGUGGUUUGCGUUCGAUUCUCAUGCUUUGGCUUGAUUUACAGAAGUCACGCUGAGCGUUAAGGUAGUGAGAGAAGCUAUGUCAAAACCUGGACAUAUCCUACACAUCUAGAAACUACUAGAAUUUUAUUUUUUGGGUGAACCAACCCUUUAACAUGACUUAGCAGUGUAUCUGCCUUAGUAAAUCAUUAUAAGCCCAUUUGAUACUGUAGAUUAUUUUCUAGACCCACUGCCUCACUCCGCUACUGUCUCUGUAUUGUUUGGUAUGAACUCUGGAGUUGUACAUAAUGUUGAACCUUAGCUGUCCACCUGUAACUUGGUUUACUUUUGCCGUGUCUGAGCAGUCAUGGCCCCUACACUCAUAACUGCAUUAUAUGUACAGCAAGCAGAGAAAAUACUGUAGAUCCAACAGAAAUUCAAUCAAACUGCAGCUUUGUUUCCCAUGAACUGCUUAUUGCUACAAAACCAGUUGGACAGAUGCACGUUCUGGUUUUAGUCGCUCCUGUUGACAAUGCUAUACUGUAGGCUGCAUAAGACUAGUCAACACUGUUCCUUCAAAAUAAUGCUUUGGUUUUUGUUUUAUCUGUUGGAUUGAUACUGUCAAGAUGCGAGGUUUGUGCUUCACUGCUGGCUAAAAGCCAGCUUCAGUGAAAAACAAAAUCCCAAAUUGUGCAUCCUCAGAUUAAUUUCUAAGUGAUUUGCUCUUGUUUGUACCUGUUUUGAAUUCCACAGCAUUUAUGCCAGCUGGCUAACUCCAGUGGUUCGCCAUGCCUCUGUACAUCUUCUGGACUCUCAGCUGCAUGAAUAUUCCUUUCCAACUCUCUGCCUUCCUAUAAGACAAAACUCUCACAAAUGCACAGUCAAGCUGCUCAUUGAGCUUCUCUUACGAAUAUGUAGUUAAAGUAGAUUUCUUAUGCUUUGUCAUAGCAGUUUGUAAAAGGAAAUUUGUAUCAAAAGAAUUUUAAAACGAGUGUCAAACUUUCUUUUGGCAUAGAGUGGCUGCUUUUAAUGUCUCACUAUUUUGAAACAGCAUUAUAGCAAAAAAAAAAAAA